GCAACAAUCCUCUUUGCUUGCUCAUCCACCAUCCAUCCGCCCCUCCUCCCGCAAGUCUUGUCGCCGAAAAGCUCUCGCCGAGCGCUCCGGCACCAUGAGCGCGCUUGUCGACUACCCCACCUUCUCGGACAGCCCGUUCUUCUUUGACAGGCGCAACUUACAUAUCGCGCAACCCGAGAGCGCGUUGAUGCAACAACACUCCGCCCCGAGUGUAUCUUACUACUUUCCAAAACACGUCGGGAACUACCACUAUGGCGAACGCCAUCCAAUGCGGCCGCAUCGGCUGGAAUUGACGAACAAUCUAGUCCUAGGGUAUGGCCUGCACGAGAAAAUGGCGAUGUACAACCCACGAAGGGCCACCGAGGACGAAUUGUGCGAGUUCCACGACGAGGAUUACAUCGAUUUCUUGAAGCGCGUGACUCCGGCGAACGCGCAGAAACUCACCAAGGACUAUACGUUGUACAACAUCGGAGACGAUUGCCCCGUGUUCCACGACUUGUUCAGCUUCUGCCAGCAGUAUGCGGGUGGGACGCUGGCCGCUGCGCGCAAGCUUAGCCAGGGCGGGACUGACAUAGCGAUCAAUUGGAGCGGAGGACUGCACCACGCGAAGAAGGGCGAGGCGAGUGGCUUCUGCUACGUCAACGACAUUGUGCUGGGCAUUCUCGAGCUGCUCCGCUAUCACCCGCGCGUGUUAUACAUCGACAUCGACAUCCACCACGGUGACGGUGUGCAAGAGGCGUUUUACCUCUCCAACCGCGUCCUCACCGUCUCCUUCCACAAGUACGCCGCCGACUUUUUCCCCGGCACCGGAAACCUCAGCGAGAUUGGCGCCAACCUCGGCAAGCACUUUGCGCUAAAUGUGCCGCUGCACGACGGCAUCGAUGACGAGAGUUACAUCUCAUUGUUUAAGGCUGUCAUGGAGCCGACCAUCACAACAUUCCGCCCGGACGCCAUUGUGCUGCAGUGCGGCGCCGACUCGCUCGGCUGUGACCGUCUCGGCACGUUCAACCUCUCGAUCGCGGCGCACGGCGAGUGUGUCCGCUUCAUCAAGACGUUCGGAUUGCCGCUAAUCGCCCUCGGCGGCGGCGGGUACCGCCAGUCCUCAGUUGCGCGAUGCUGGGCGUACGAGACCGGUGUGUUGACGGGCACUGACCUGCCCGUCGCGCUUCCGCAGAACAACUACCUUGAGUUCUUCGGUCCCGACUACUCGCUGCACCCACCACUCUCUGGCCACAUCCAGAACAUGAACUCGCGGCAGUACCUCGAGCGCAUCCGCAUGAGCAUCCGCGAGAAGCUGCGGUACCUGAAUGGCGCGCCGAGCGUGCAGAUGCAGGAGAUCCCGCCAGAUCUGCAGGGCCUGCUCGAGUCGGAGGAGCGCAAGAAGGAGGAGCGGGACGAGGAGGCGCACAACGGUAUGGCCGGGGAGGAUCGCAGUGACGGGCCGCAGAAGCGCAACGAGUUCUAUGACACCGAGGUUGGGGGAGAUGGGAGCGGCGCAGGUGCAACAGCUGCCGGCCUGGGACCGCGCGGAAAGAAGACAAUACGCUUCUAGCGCGCCCAGCGCCGCAACAUCUUGCUGUAUUGUAAUUGUCGGACUCGCGAUACCCUGCAUCGCCAUGCCCUUGUACUUUCCCGUAGCACUAGUUCGUUCCUAUAGUCGUCACUGUAUGCACAAGUAGCAGCAGCCACAGCAGCAGU